AUGGCAACCAAAACGCACAAGAACCCUAACAACUUGCGUACGCUGCAACGGCACAUCACUGCUCACAACGACAAGUCUGAAGCCAUCUUCAGCGAUGCCCUGUCCUCCGAAGCGCCAAUUCGCUCGGUGAUGGGAGGAGACAUGACGUUCAGCUUGAUGUAUACGACGUCGAAGUAUCCAGUCUCUAUGAACGGCGACAAGGACAUUGAAGGCUACCAAGACCACCUCAAGACGCCUCCCGCAAUCGUCGUUCCGGGUGGGACCGUUUGCCGCACCGUGGAUUUCCCUCCAGAAUUUGUGUCACCAAUGCAUCGGACAGUAUCCUUGGACUAUGGCGUUGUCCUGGAAGGGGAAAUCGAGUUGAUCUUGGACUCUGGCGAGUCGAGAAUAUUGAAGAGAGGCGACGUUGCGGUCCAGAGAGGCACGAAUCAUGCGUGGAAGAACACGAGCACGGAAAACUGGGCGAGAAUGUUGUAUGUUCUCCAGUCUUCUGAGGCAGUUGUUGUGAACGGCAAGCCAAUGGAUCACGAUGAGGGUGGAAUUGAUUAA